GUACUGGACCUCUCUGAGCAACCUGGUGGCAUCCCUGCUAAACUCGGUCUGCUCCAUCGCCUCCGUGCUCCUCCUCCUCUUCCUCUUCAUCAUCAUCUUCUCCCUGCUGGGGAGGCAGCUCUUUGGCGGGAAGUUCGACUUUGAAGACAUGGAGGUGCGGCGCAGCACCUUCGAUAACUUCCCCCAGGCGCUCAUCAGUGUCUUCCAGAUCCUGACCGGAGAAGAUUGGAAUUCAAUCAUGUACAAUGGGAUCAUGGCUUAUAAAGGGCCCUCCUUCCCCAGCGUGCUGGUAUGCAUUUACUUCAUCAUCCUCUUUGUCUGCGGGAACUAUAUCUGCUCAAUGUCUUCCUGGCCAUCGCUGUGGACAAUCUGGCCGAGGCCGAGAGCCUGACGUCGGCCCAGAAAGCCAAAGCCGAGGAGAAGAAGCGAAGGAAAAUGUCCAGGUCGGUGCUGCUCUCUGCUGCUUAAAAGCGGGAACCCCCAAGGGCCCAGGGCUUGCAAAUCAAUGUGAGCUGCUGGUCUUGGGCAUCA